UCUGUGUACCUGUGUACAUGCAAAAUGUCGGCUACCAGAACUCUUUCACACGCUCAACGAGUGUUAAGAUUGUACAAAAAGUCUGUACGGCAUUUGGAAUCAUGGAUACCUGACAGGCCAUCUUUUAGAUAUGAAGCAACAGUUCUCCGUGCAAGAUUUGAUGAACACAAAAAUGAGACCAACAUGCAAAAAGCUGCACAGAUUUUACAAGCUGGAGAAGAGGAAUUCUGGGAGAGGCAACAUCCACAACCAUACAUAUUCAUUGAUUCAUUUGGAGGAACUAGAUAUGAGCGUAACAUCCCUGCUCCAGAGUGGGUUCUGAAUCACUGGCAUCCUAUCGAGAAGGCCCGUUAUCCCUAUUACUUUGCAAGACGAGAGAAGAGGUUAGCGGAGGAGCAAGCACGGUGGGACCAGCUGGUGGAGGAAGAAAGGCAGCUCAUAGCAGAAGGAAAACUUCCUCCCAAGGAAGCCCUUCCUUCAUGAUUGUUUUUACCACUGCAAAAUAUAGUUUUAGAGUCAAUUUAGUUGUGUCUUUUGGAGGACAAGGUUUUUAUCUUGCUAUAUUGUUGACAAUGUAAAUUCGAAUUACACUGUGCCAGUUAGUAACAAUUCUUUCAUUUUCACGCAGUUGAUUGUAAAUCAACGAGAUUAUGUGUAUAGAACACAUGUCUAGAAUACCCAUAAAUGAUUUUAUCAUAGAAUGGGAAAAGCUUGUGUUCUUGUUCGUAUUCGUAAGUUCAUGAUAUGGAUAGCGUUGGAUUUUAAUAUCUAUACCUCUUUGUCAUAUAUUUAUUAAUUUGUCAUGGAUGAGUGAAACCUUUAACAUUCAAUGAUACAUGAUUCUCUAUGCUAGAGAAUAACUCCCAACACAAUAUUUAAGAUAAGAAAAUGCCAAGCAAUAUGUUGAACAGUGGAGGAAGUGUGAUUUGAUUUUACAUUAAUUGACGGAACAUAUAUAAGGUUUAAGACUGAAUGAAGAUAAACCUUGCCCUUUCUGUACAGAAUAUGUGAAAUUAAAGAUGAUAAUUAACAAAGGAA